CUCCGCGGCCUCCGCGCUCCGGACCCCCCCCCGGCCCGAGGGGCCGUUUGCCACCUCCCGCCCCCAUCCUGCCUCCGCAGCCCCACUCACCAGGUGGCAGAGAGGGAUCUGGGGCUUUUUCGCGCCACCGGGGGCUGGUCUGCCCACCCCCAGCCCGGCUCUUUCUCCUCGCCGGGUCCGGCGCCGAGAUGAGCCGCCUCCCGUGGAGGAAGGCGGCCGCCCGGAGGGCCGAGCCGUGGCACCGGCCCUCGGGCGCCUCCCCGCCCGCCGCCGCCGCCAGCCACCGGGCCCGGGAGGCGGCCCCGGCCCAUCCUCCGCCGCGGCGGAACCCGCUGCGUAUCCAGAUGCUGUCCAAGGGGCUGCACGAGCAGAUCUUCGGCGAGGCCGAGGCGCGGCCCGAGGAGGCGGCCGUGCGUCGCAGCGUGGAGCACUUGCGGCGUCACGGGCUGUGGGGCCGGGAGGUGGCGGUCCUGCCCGACGUGGACCUGCGGCUGCCCCGCCUCUACGGGGACGACCUCGACCGGCACUUCCGCCUCCUGGCCCAGAAACAGAGCCUUCCCUACCUGGAGGCCGCCCAGCGGCUGCUGCAGGCCCAGCCGCCCCCGAUGCCCCCGACGUGGGCCUGGAGGGAGGGCUGGACGUGCUACGGGCCGGGCGGGGAGGGCCAGGCGGUGGCGUUCCCCGACGAGCGGGCCCUGGUUUUGGACGUCGAGGUCUGCGUGUCCGAGGGGAGCUGCCCCACCCUGGCCGUGGCCGUGUCCCCCGCUGCCUGGUACUCGUGGUGCAGCCGGCGGCUGGUGGAAGAGCGCUUCUCCUGGUCCAGCGAGCUGUGCCCGGCCGACCUCAUCCCCCUGGAGACCUCGGCCGGCACCGGCGGCUCCGCCAAGCGCGACUGGCCCGAGAGGCUCGUCGUGGGCCACAACGUCUCCUUCGACCGGGCCCACGUCAAGGAGCAGUACCUGAUCCAGGGCUCUCGGAUGCGAUUCCUGGAUACCAUGAGCAUGCACAUGGCCAUCUCGGGCCUGACGGGCUUCCAGCGCACCCUCUGGAUGGCCGCCAAGCAGGGCAAGCGGAAGGGCGCCCAGGAGGUGCUUCAGCAGGUCAAGAAAACCCGCGGCAAGGCCAAGGGCCCGGCGAUCUCGGCCUGGGAUUGGCUAGACCUGAGCAGCGUCAACAACCUGGCGGACGUGCACGGCCUGUACGUGGGGGGGCCCCCCCUCCGGAAGGAGGUGCGCGAGCUCUUCGUCAAGGGCUCCAUGCGAGACGUCCGGGAAAACUUCCAGGAUCUGAUGCGGUACUGUGCCCUGGACGUGAAGGCCACCCACGAAGUGUUCCAGGAGCAGCUGCCUCUCUUCUUGGAGCGGUGCCCCCACCCCGUGACGCUGGCUGGGAUGCUGGAGAUGGGGGCGUCCUACCUGCCCGUGAACCAGAACUGGGAGCGCUACCUGGAGGAGGCCCAGAGCACCUACGAGGAGCUGCAGAGGGAGAUGAAGAAAUCGCUCAUGGAUCUCGCCAACGACGCCUGCCAGCUGCUCUCUGGAGAGAGGUACAAGGACGAUCCCUGGCUGUGGGACCUGGAAUGGGACCUACAGGAGUUUAAGAUGAAGAAGCCGUCGCCGGCGAGGAAGAAGAAGAAAGAGGGUCCGGAGCGGGAGGAGCCCGGGACGCCCCCAGCCGGGGCCGAGAGCCCCCCGGAAUUGGAGUGGCAGGCAGAUCCUGGCCCCCCCAGUGAGGAAGAGGAGCUGCAGAGAGGCCCCGCCGUCCGUGCCCGCCUCGAGCAGCUGAAGGCCACGUCAUCUCUGCUGCCCAAGAGGACCCAGCAUUUGCCGGGACACCCGAGGUGGUACCGGAAGCUCUGUCCCCGCCUGAACGACCCAGGGUGGGGGCCGGGCCCCAGCCUCAUCAGCCUGCAGAUGCAAGUGACCCCGAAGCUCAUGGCUCUGACCUGGGACGGCUUCCCGGUGCACUAUUCGGGCCAGCACGGCUGGGGCUACCUGGUGCCCGGGCGGCAGGACAAUCUGGAAGCGGACUCCUGGGACCCGGAGCCGGGCCCAGAUCCGGCGGCAGCGUCGUGCCCUCACAGAGCCAUUGAGCGCCUGUACCAGGAGCACUGCCUGGAGAAGGACAAGGACCAGCAGCAGACUCCCCUGCCCCUGAGCGAGGAUUUUGUGCUUACCGACAACAGCUCCAUGUGGCAGACGGUGGAGGAGCUCGACUGCUUGGAGCAAGACCUUGAGACGGAACUGGGGAGCUUCCGGGCGGCCAGGAAAACAGGCCAGUCCUCGCCCCAGGAGGAAGCCGGGGGUCCGGAGACCAAGCUGGGGGACAGCCGGCCCCCCCACCAUCAGGGCAACGGACCCUACAAUGACGUGAACGUCCCCGGCUGCUGGUAUUUCAAGCUGCCCCACAAGGACGGAGACAACUGUAACGUGGGCAGCCCCUUUACCAAGGAUUUCCUGCCCAAGAUGGAGGACGGCACCCUGCAGGCGGGCCCCGGUGGUGCCAGCGGGCCUCGGGCCCUGGAGAUCAACAAGAUGAUCUCCUUCUGGAGGAAUGCCCACAAGCGCAUCAGCUCCCAGAUGGUCGUGUGGCUGCGGAGAGCCGAGUUGCCUCGUCCGGUGACCAGGCACCCCGACUACGAUGAAGAGGGCCGCUACGGGGCCAUCCUGCCCCAGGUGGUGACGGCGGGCACCAUCACCCGGAGGGCCGUGGAGCCCACCUGGCUGACGGCCAGCAACGCCCGGGAGGACCGCGUGGGCAGCGAGCUCAAGGCCAUGGUGCAGGCCCCGCCCGGCUACGUCCUCGUCGGGGCCGACGUGGACUCGCAAGAGCUGUGGAUCGCGGCUGUGCUCGGGGAUGCCCACUUCGCUGGGAUGCACGGUUCCACCGCCUUCGGCUGGAUGACCCUGCAGGGCAAGAAGAGCAGCGGCACCGACCUGCACAGCAAGACGGCCACCACGGUGGGCAUCAGCCGGGAGCACGCCAAGGUCUUCAACUACGGGCGCAUCUACGGGGCCGGCCGGCCCUUCGCCGAGCGCCUGCUCAUGCAGUUCAACCACCGGCUCGCGCCCGAGGAGGCCGCCGAGAAGGCCAGGCAGAUGUACGCGGUCACCAAAGGCCUCCGCAGAUACCGACUGUCCGAGGAGGGCCAGUGGCUGGUGAAGGAGCUGGGGCUCUCCCUGGACGAGAUGGAGGACGGCUGGGUUUCCCUGCGGGACCUGCGGAGGAUCCAGAGAGAGGCUGCCAAACAGUCUCGCCGGGGCAAGUGGGACGUGGUGGCCGAGUACAAGUGGGCCGGGGGGACCGAGUCGGAGAUGUUCAACAAGCUGGAGAGCAUCGCCAUGUCCCCCGCCCCCCGGACCCCCGUGCUGGGCUGUCGCAUCAGUCGCGCCCUGGAGCCGGCGGCCGUCGGCAGGGAGUUCGCGACCAGCCGUGUGAACUGGGUGGUGCAGAGCUCGGCGGUGGACUACCUGCACCUCAUGCUGGUGGCCAUGAGGUGGCUGUUCGAAGAGUUUGCCAUCGACGGCCGCUUCUGCAUCAGCAUCCACGACGAGGUGCGCUACCUGGUGCGGGCGGACGACCGCUAUCGGGCAGCCUUGGCCCUGCAGAUCACCAACCUCCUGACCCGGUGCAUGUUUGCCUACAAACUGGGCCUGCGGGACCUGCCCCAGUCUGUGGCCUUUUUCAGCGCAGUGGACAUUGAUCGGUGCCUGAGGAAGGAGGUGACCAUGGACUGUAAAACCCCCUCCAACCCCACUGGCAUGGAAAGGAGAUACGGGAUCCCCCGGGGUGAAGCCCUGGAUAUUUACCAAAUAAUUCAACUCACCAACGGCUCUUUGGAGAAGACAAACUAAGCGGCCGCCAGCCGGGGCCCUGAGGAGAGGCCUGCCUUUGGGGGCGGGGGGGGGGAUCCCCUCCGGCUGGGGCGGAGGCAGAGGUUCGAUGACGGCUUGGGGCCCUGAUUCUCGUGAAGGUGCUGCAGGGGAUUAAAGGCAGCGCGGGGCUUUGCGGGCAAGAGGGAAACCCCGGCUGCAGAGUCCCCAGUGACUUGGAAUGGGUGGGGAUCAUUUCUUUCUUUUUUUCUUGGCUGGUUCCUGGCUCUGCUCAGACCCAACACUCUGGGGAGAAAGAGAAAGAAAUAAAAAGUGUCAAGUGGGACUAUGUACUGCACUGCAGUCUUUCCUUCCCAGCGCUCCCCAGCUUAAAGCCGCCUUCCUUCCUCUGGGCACCCGGCUGCUCCGAGCAGGGCGUGUCACUGCAGGAGCGCCUAAGAGCCCCUCCCCACCUUCUCCAGGAAAGGACCAGAGCGCGUCAGCCCCCCACGUCAGGGUUUCCGGGGACCACGUGGACCCAAGGUUACCAGAACCGGAUUUUCUGGGCACUUAUCACCAUCUGACUUUAUUACUCCCUCGGCCUCCUCGCCUACCUUCAUUCUCCCUCUUCUCUGGUCUCCGCCGCCCAGAUAUUUUUCUGAAGCCUCAAAACCCUCCAAUGGUUGCCCAUUUCCCUUCUGCAUCAAGCAGAAACUCCCACCCGCUAGCUCUAAAGCACUCAAUUAGCCCUCUCCCUGCUGUUUCUCCUUACUUCUCUACAGCUACCCUACUCACUGGGCCUCCUCCUCCUCCUCCUCUCUUCCACCCCUCCCAAUUCGGAUUCCCUCCUACUUGGCAUCCGGCAGACCACCGCUCUCCCCAUCUUCAAAGCCUUUCUGAAAGCACAUCUCCUCCAGGAAGCUUUCACGGAUUAAUGUCCCACCCCGGACACCUCUUCGGCACUCGGACGCUCUUGCUUUCCCCUCGGCGUUUAGUACGUACCCCUCGGUUUAACUUUAGCAUCUGUCUUCCCUGUGGAACUAGAAGCUCCUUGAGGGCAGGAAUCUUGUCUGUUAAUCCUACUUCUUUCUCCCCCAAGGGCCAAACACAGGGCUUGGCACUCGGUAAAUACUGCUGGUCGACUGACAAAUGGAUAACGGAACCAAAAGCUUGGUGGCAUCGUUCACGUGCCGAGGCUCAAGCCGUGGCCUUGAUCCCGUGAAUCCAGUGGCCGUAAGUGGCCGGAAAGACAACCCUGUCUACCGACUCUGUUGUACUGCACUUUCUUAGGUGCUUGGUACAGUGCUCUGCACACAGUAAGCGCUCAAUAAAUACCCCAUUGAU